UUGGAGCAUCCCGCAGGCCAUCUGUGCGCUGUGCCCCGGUGUGUCCUCUCAGGGACGAGUCUGCAUUCCGGAGAGAAGCGGGGCAGCGGUGGCAGCGACAGGUCCUUUUUAACUGGGUUCUGCCUGAGGCCGCCUGCCCUGAUUCCUGGACCCAUCUCAGCUGCUUGUGGAAGCCCGGGAGAGUCUAGCUUCCCACUGGAGCCUGGCAGAGGAGCUGUGGUGACAGAUGGCCAGUGUCAUAAAGCCUUAAGUGGCAACUCUGACUUUUAUGUGUUUAUGUUUUGCUUUUGCAUUUAUUUAUUUAAGAGGGGAAGGUCGUGUCACAGCUUAUGACAAGGUCAGAAGACAACUUGUGGGAGUCAGGUCUCUCCUUGCACCAUGUGGUGUUCAGGGACUCGAACUGAACUCACCCUAUCAGGCUCAGCUGAAGUCACCUCUACCCACUAAGCCGUUUUGCAGGGCCAAACUCCCCUUUCCUUAGAAAGGACUUAGGUUUCUGUUGGUCAUUAUCUGAAUGCAUGUGGAAAAAGAGACUCUGGAGGCUCUUGCAGGUCAAUAACGUUUGCUAAUGAUGAAGCCUUUUAGAGCAGGACACGGGGAUAAUUUCACUCCCAUGUAUGGAAACAAUAAUAUGUGAGAUAGCUGUCACAGUUGACAGACCGUUCUGAGGGUGAUGGUCAGUCAUGACACAGAAUGCAUUGUGAAGGUAAGGGUGCCCAGCACCCCUGAAGCUUCCAGAAAUAGAGAAUGUGGUGAGUGAGUCUGGUCACCUGGAGCCUUACACUACCGAUUAGUAGGAAGUAGGUUCAAAAGCCUGGCCAGCCCGCACAGCACUUGGAGCUGAUGGAGAAGCUGAGGAAGCCACGUGGACCAACUGUCCUAGCUGUGUUCUCACAAAGCCCUUCCUCCCCCAGCUUGCUUCCCAGAGCCCUGCCUUGUCUCAAAGAGAAGAGAACAAUGACCAAGUCACAGGAGGCAGUGACGUUCAGGGAUGUGGCCGUGAUCUUCAGUGAGGAGGAGCUGAGGCUGCUGAACGCUGCUCAGAGGAAGCUGUACCAUGAUGUGAUGCUGGAGAACUUCAGGAACCUCCUGGCAGUGGGAGGCCAGAGUCAAAAGAAGAUAGAGACUCUUCAUGCAACGGGAGUAAGGUGCCCUUCACUGGGGUGGCUUCCAUGCUGGCAAAUGACAACCCACGAUGUCAAAAAACUGGCCAGAACUCCAGAAGACGUAAUAAACACUCAAGGAAAGGGUUCCCACUUCCUGGAGCCAUGCCACAGGGUAACAGAACAUUCUCCCUUGGCCUCUGAGGAUGAUGGCUGUCUUGAGAGGCUCACCAGCAACCAUUCUGGUAUUGAUGAAAAUCAAGAAUUUCUGUCUGGGGGAGCUCAGAGUUCUUCGAAUAAAUCACAUCUUAGUGAGAGAAAUGGCCAGGGGAAACACUGUCCUCAGACUCGGGUGAAAAACGAGGCACAGCCGUUGGCUCUCAGUGUUGACAUUCGGGGUUGCAUUUCCCAUCAAGAUAACAAUAUACUGCAUAAAAGAGACAAAGGCCACAGCAGCGGUGACUGUGAUCAAGCCAUCAACCCCAUGUCAUCCCUCACCCAGGAUUGUGACUACACACAACAGAAGGCCUAUCAGUGCAGCAAGGGCCAAGAAGCCUUCAAUGACAGCCCUAGUCUGGAACUUCAUCAACAGAGCCUCUUAGGAAAGAAGUCCCCUGUCCAUAGUACUCCCAAGGACACCAAGCAUAGCCCCAGUGUCCCCAUUCAACAAAGUGUUCAUCUAGGAACAAAGCGCUACUGUUGUCAUGAGUGUGGCACAGGUUUCAGUCACAGCUCAGCUCUUCAGACACACCGGAGAGUGCACACAGGGGAGAAACCCUACAGGUGCAACAGCUGUGGGAAGGCCUUCAGCCGCAGCUCAGAUCUCAACAUCCACCGCCGAGUGCACACUGGAGAGAAACCUUACAAGUGUGAGGUGUGUGGGAAGGGCUUCACAAAGUGGGACCACCUCCAGAUACACAAGAGAAUUCACACAGGAGAGAAGCCAUAUAAGUGUGGAGACUGUGGCAAAUGCUUUAGCUGUAGCUGGAACCUUCACACCCACCAGAGAGUCCACACUGAGGAGAAACCAUACAAGUGUGAUGAGUGUGGAAAGCGCUUCAGCUUGAGCUUCAACCUCCACAGCCAUCAGCGGGUCCACACAGGAGAGAAGCCAUAUAAAUGUGAAGAGUGCAGGAAGGAUUUCAGUUCAGCCUCAAGCUUCCAAAGGCAUCAGCGGGUCCAUACAGGAGAGAAGCCAUUUGUCUGCAAUGUGUGUGGGAAGGGCUUCAGUCAGAGCUCGAAUUUUCAAGCCCACCAGAGAGUUCAUACCAGGGAAAAACCAUACAGAUGUGAUGUGUGUGGGAAGCAUUUCACCUGGAGCCUUCACAAUCACCAGAGGGUCCACACAGGAGAGAAACCAUACAUGUGUGUGGAGUGUGGGAAAGGCUUCAGUCAUGCCUCAAGUCUGCAGGCUCAUCAGAGUGUCCACACAGGCGAGAGACCAUUCAAAUGCAAUGUGUGCCAGAAAAGGUUCCGUCAGGCCUCAAUCCUCCAGGACCACGAGAGGGUGCACACAGGGGAGAAGCCCUACAAGUGUAGCACAUGUGGGAAAGUCUUCAGCCAGAGGUCUGGUCUCCAAGUCCAUCAGAGAAUUCACACCGGGGAGAAGCCAUUCAAGUGUGAGGAGUGUGGGAAGGAAUUCAGAUGGAACUCAGGGCUUAGUUCUCACCAGAGGGUCCACACAGGAGGGAAACCCUACACGUGUCAGCCGUGUGGGAAGGGCUUCAGUCAGGCUUCACACCUCCACACACAUCUGAAAAGCCACACCACAGAGAGGACCUAAAUCUGCAGCAUCUGCUAUAAGGGCUUCAGCCAGAGAUCGCAUCUACCACUCGCGGGUCCACAGUGCAGGGAACCCCUAGGUUUGUUCUGCACUCGGGUGGGUUCCAUGCUGCUGGUUGUUAACAGUGUCACCAAACCCAGAGGCUUCAGGAGAGAUAGUAUUUUGGUAUUUUGCCCUCAACUCAUUCUCCUACUGAGCUCAUUAUGAAAAAGGAAGACAGUAUUUGAGAAUGGACCUUCUUAGCAUAAACACACACACAAAAGACUAGAGACAUAUAGAAAAGGAUUCUGAUUUAAUUAUAAAAGGAAGAAUUGUCAAUUGUCAAGAAUAAAACCAAUAAAAAAUCAUUGUGGCUCAUACUAAUGCUGAGAUUGUUUCACUGUGGGUAACCAAUUGGCAAAGAGCUUGUAGCAACUAUAUGGGAGAAAUUACCAAUAAACAUCCUAAAAGCACAUGACUUCAGCUUACACAAAGGACUAAUUCGAUUCUCCACCAUAUAAUAAAAAAAAAAAACACCGAUUCCUGAAA